AUGUACGCCGCUCAGAAUAUAACGCCAACAGUUUUGGAUGCCAUGAAUGGAAAUGUUUCCGAAUGGUAUAACGAAUGCGACAAUGCCAUUAGAAGGUCAGAAAUAGUUCCUGGAACUUACGAAUAUACAACUGCUGUUUCUUAUGGAAACGUAGGUGAGUUUGGAGAAGGUUCUUCAACAACAGUAGAUAUUGCUUGCGACAGGUUUCAUAUUAUUUCUAUUGACAACUCUUUCUUAUACGUGGAACAAGACAUUGAAAUAAAACCUUCUGCCAAGUUGUCUGAAAAGAAAGGUUGCAAUGGAAUUUUCUAUGUCGGAUACCAAUAUGCUCCAGAAGUUUUCAUGGGAUAUAAGAUAUAUUCUAACUCUGACUUAGUUCAAACAGUAACAUGGGCAAACUAUGAAUGGUUCGCUUUAAGAAACUCAGUACAACCACAAGCUAGAGAACAAACAGACCAGUAUGCAACUAUUGAGAAAAUAAGAAGACUUGACCCUAACGUUCCAGGAGUUUAUGUUAACCUUUCUGGUUCAGAUGGAACUGCUGCCACUAAAGUAAAACUGAAACUUAGAGUUCCUUUGUCAUCUUUCCUCAUCUUCAGGUUUUUAAGAUACUUGCCAAACUGGGCAGGAAAAAUUUCUAUCGAACUUACUCCAAGCAAAAAUAACUUAGUCAUUGCACCAACACAAGACCCAUUCACUCUUACAGACGUAAAGGGAACAAAUAAAACGUCAUUCGCCGAAUUUUGCAAAGACAAAGUUGACUUAGACUUUGGUUUCUCAAACCUCAACACUGAAGUAAACUAUUAUUUCAAUGCUGCUGGAGAUGCUUGGGACCCAGUUAAGUUCACAUGCGAAAAAUUUGAAUGCAAGAGA